AUGGAGACGUACCACGGCUAUGUACGGACUCCAGCUGAUGCCAUCAAACUGUUCGAAGCCUGUCGGCUAGGCCAUCUGCCUCGGGUCCAGAGGCGACUCUCUGAAAAGGAGAGGCAGUCUAUCAGAUCCGGCUCAGUCUUUGUGUGGGACGAGCGCGAAGCAGGCAUGCGGCGAUGGACGGACGGCAAGUCUUGGAGUGCUAGCAGAGUGUCGGGCAGCUUCCUGACGUACCGCGAAAUGGAGGGCAAGCGAGGAGGCGGCUUUGGAGGAAGCAGACGGGGCAACGGCAAGACGCCCGAAUCUGGGCGCGGUAGCGACGAGGACCAUGACGACGGCGAGCCGGAAGGAUACCGAUACAAGGCCGACGGCCUUAUGAAGCAGUCGUUCAGCAUCACCACGUCGACCGGCCAGCACCUCCACCUCAUCUCGUACUACUCUCGGCCUCAGCCGGGGCAGCCCGAGCUGCCUCAGCCGACCAACGAUCCGAUGCUGCGAUCCAUCAUCCCGAUGAAGGGCAUGUACCCGGAGUCCAGCAUGGGCGAGACGAACCAGACGCCUGCACUGACGAGGGCGCCGAUGCUGCAGCAGCCGCCUUACAUGAUUGCUCCUCAGCAUCAGCACCACCACCCUCCUCACCCGGCGCAUCAUCAACCGCCGUUUGCGAGCCAUUACCAGCCCGGGUAUGGCUGGCCUCCGUCGCCAGUCGCGACCCCUCCGUACAGCCAUUACACCUAUAGCCAUCCUCCUCCCGUCCACCAUCUGCCUCAUCCGUAUGCCCCCCAAGGUCCGCCGCCGCCUCACCACGGCUAUGCACCGCCUCCGCCUCCUCCGCCGCAUCACUACCAACAACAUGGCGCGCCUAGUCCCUACGACCGGCCUUCAUUACCGCCUCUGCAAAACACGCCAAAGCCGGCCCCUCUGCCUCCGUACCAUGGCCCGCAGCAUUCCCAAGGACCGACGCCGCCCCGUGGCCACGAGUCUCCCCACCAGCCAACCUUGCAGGCUGCCGCGCAAGCCGCCAUGGGCGAUUCACGGACCCCGCCCGAGAAGAAGCCUCAGGGGCCUCUUCCAGCUCUGGGGACUGUUGCCAACGGGCCUCUUGUCUCUGCCCACAGCGGACUGCACACUCCUCCCACACGGACGCUGAGCCCGAGUCCGCCUCAAAGUUCCCAUGUGGAGACGCAUACUAGCACCAGCACCAGCAACAAAGCAAGCCUGUCCGCGCUGCUGCACCCCACGACGUCUUCCUCCACAGAGGCCGGUGCAAACGGCAGCGCUCACAGCAGCCCAAGGACGGCCAGUAUCACCAUGGCUGAAAAGGGAGGCGCCAGCGAAGACGCGCGAGCCCUGCGGAUGCUUGACCGCAAGUUUUGCAUCUAG